UUUUAGGAUGGAUGAGGAAGGAUCACAUGAAGUUCCUAAAAGAGUACGACAUUUGUCAUAUUUGAAAGGAAAAUUUGAUGCCGCUAAAAAGUUUCAGCCAUUAAAUGGAGUUGAAUAUCUGCGCACCUUCUUACCCAUGUCUUUAAGAAAGUCAAAUUGGGAAUAUGUAAGUAGUAAGGUUCCAAGUGAUUUGUUGCCAACACUAAAAUGUUCACGGGCACUGUCUUUGGCAAGAUAUGAAAACAUCAGUCACUUACCUGAUUGCAUCGGGGACCACAUACAUUUGCGCUACAUUGACCUCUCUUACACUGCAAUUAAAAGGUUACCGGAUACCGUGAGUUGUCUCUACAAUUUGCAAACUCUAUUGUUGGUAGGUUGUUCCUCUCUUGUUGAAUUGCCUGUAGACAUGAGGAAACUGAUUAAAUUGCGCCACCUUGAUAUUAGAAAAACUCGUAUAAGGGAGAUGCCGGUGCAAAUGGGUAGACUUAAAAGUUUGAGAACACUCACUGCUUAUGUGUUGGGGACAUCUACGAGGUCCGGUGGCAUUGAAGAAUUGGGGGAGUUACCCAAUCUUGGAGGGGAACUUUCUAUCUUGAAUCUAGAGAAUGUAGUCGAUGCUAUGGAUGCCUUGCGGGCCAAUUUGAAGGAUAAGAAAGAUUUCAAUGAAAUAGAGUUGGUGUGGGGUAGGAAGGAUGCCGAUGAUUCCAUAAAAGAGAGAAAUGUACUUGAAAGAUUACAACCUUCUGUAAAUUUGGCGAAACUGACCAUCAGAUGUUAUGGUGGAACAAGCUUUCCGAAUUGGUUGGGAGACUCUUCCUUCUCCAACAUAAAAGUCAUGCGCCUCAGUGGGUUUAGUAGUUGUUGGUCGUUGCCACCAGUUGGGCAGUUGCCUGCUCUUAAGGAGCUCUAUAUAGAGAAGAUGAAAUUUGUUAUGAGUAUUGGUGCUGAGUUUUAUGGUGUCAAUGGAACUUCUUUAAUUCAGCCAUUUCGUUCUUUAGAGAGGCUGGAGUUUAGAGAGAUGCCAGAGUGGGAAGAAUGGCUGCCAAGUCCAGGUAGAGGUCAAUGUCCAGACUUUCCUUGUCUCGAGGAGCUGGUUUUAGAGAGUUGUCCGAAGCUGAGGGGAAACUUGCCGGAUUAUCUUCCUUGCUUGAAAAAACUUCAAGUGUCCGACUGCGGGGUUCUGCAUGAAAGGGCUACUAGAAGUAGAUGGAUACCCUGGUCUCUCAUUGUUAACACGGAAUCCUUGCGACAAUCUCUUCAGUAUCUAGAAAUAAGAGGAUGCCCUGGUCUCUCGUCGUUACUGGAGACGGAGUCGCUGUCCUCGCUUUCCACACUAAGGAUUCAAAAUUUCAGUCGCACAGAUUGCUUGCAGCCGCACUUGAGCAGUUGUCUUCAAAAGUUGACUCUCCAUAAUUGCGGGUCCCUCUUGUCGUUCCCUAGAAAUGGUCUACCCACUUCGUUGAAAUCACUUGAGAUAGUUUAUUGCAGGAGAUUAGAAUUCCUAUCUCAUGAGAUGAUGGCCAAAUUGACAUCCCUUCAACAUUUCAGUUUAUUUAAUAGCUGUGAUUCGCUCAGGUCCUUCCCGCUGGGCGUUUUCCGCAAACUUUCAUCUCUUUACCUCGACGGCAGUAAAAAUCUAGAAUCCCUUUCCAUUGGAGAAGGAGCUGAUGUUGAAAAUCUCACUCAUCUCGAGAAUCUCGGUAUCUAUAAUUGUCGAAAUCUGGUCUCUUUUCCCCACGGGGGAUUGCCCACUCCCACCCUGGCUUGUUUAGAAGUCAGUAGAUGCAAGAAUUUGAAGUUAUUGCCCGAUCGAAUACACACACUCACCGCCCUUAGAGAUUUGCAGAUAUCUGGUCUUCCAAAUGUUGAGUCAUUUGCAGAAGGAGGUUUGCCUCCCAACCUACAAUCAUUUCGAAUCAGUGGUUGUGAGAAACUGAGGCCUUCAGUGGAGUACUGGGGUUUGCAACGACUUGUCUCCCUUCGAACAUUUAAGAUCUGGAGAAGCGAGGAUGUGUUGGAGACGGUGCUCAAGGAACAGCUGCUCCCUACCACUCUUCACACUCUCGAAAUCUAUGGAAUGAAAAGUCUGAAAUCUUUGGAGGGAAGGGGACUUCAACACCUCACUUCUCUUCAACAGCUGGAAAUUAGAAGCUGUAAGAGUCUCGAAUCCCUGCCAAAAGAGGGUUUGCCAGGCAUCGCUCCGUCUUCUGAGAAUCAACUACUCUUCUUCUCUGGAGAAGAGGUGUCAGGAGAAGACGGGAGAAGAGUGGAGCAAGAUAGCUCACAUUCCUUGCAUCCAGAUAGACAACCAAGUCAUCAUUUGAGAUUUCAAAUCAAAGUCAGGACAAUAUCAUCCAAGAGCAACAAGUGUUUGCUUGCAUAAAUUACUGCGUACAAUUACCAAUUAAGUUAUUGGGUGCUUAUGUUAGCUAUGACACCAAUAUGAUUCUUCUGCACAGGACGAGGUGCCGAUAUGUUUCUUCACAAAAACAACGUGUGAAUUUGGCUGGCUGCUGCAUUCUUACAGAUUCCAUCGACCAUUUUUUCUAGAUGAGGUAUGGAAAAGGGUUGAGCUCGAGUUGACAUCGACGUUUGAUAACGAUGAGAAGAAAGGUUUAAAGACGAUUUUUCCCCAUUUGACGUGGAAAUAAUGGGAGUUGGAGAAAACCGGUGAAGGGUUUCCAAAGGACCAAUGCAAGGCAUCAAUCUGAACCAUGAGCUCCAUGUCUCCGCUCGUUCUGGAAGUCUGCCAUACUUCUUUGUUAUUUCAAGGUUUUGACACAUGGUUCAGGAUCACCUGCAAUGCUUGUGCUCGUAUUCUCAGAAAUUUUGAAAUGCUUCACUUAUGGGGCUUUUUGGAUUUCUUUGCAGAGAUAUUCUUUCCUCAUGAUCUUCAUAGUCUUCCUAGAGGUUUCAUAAACAAAAAAAGCAAGGAGUCUAAUAAUGGCAUAAUGCACACAUAAUGACUCAAAGAACAGGAUCAACCAGGAAAUUUGUUCUUGAAGGGCAGCACAUGCUGCUAACUUUAUUGAUAGAUCAAUUGACAGCUUGUGAACAUCUUGUUCUCCUUGAAGCUGAUCCAAAGGAACACUCUUCUCUACCAUUGUGGAUUUUAUGAGCAAUCAUGUGAAUAUCUAAAGUUGUAGUAGGACAAAAAGAGAAAUUGAUGGUACACUUUCACCUAAUUUUGAUGGAGGAUGGUUGGAGCAGGUCGUCGUAUGUUAGAAAUUUUCUUGGUAAAACUCUGAACCAUGGUUAUGAGAUCAUGUACAUUAUUACAGAUAGCAGUACAAACCCUAAUCACUAGGAGUUUCAUGCAAACUGUGAAAAACAGGAUUUUAAGUGAACUUCAUCCUGGAAAUGUUUUGCCAGUUAUCCAUUGUUUUCAUCCUGGAAAUGUCCUGCCACAUCCUGCAUUUUCAUAUUUAAUGCUAGGCUUUUAUAUACUAGUUGAGUCGACCAGAUCAUUAAUAGAUUGGAAGGUCGGAAUAUUGGAUGGUUGGAAGAAUCAACCAGCAAAAUGUGUACGACAGCGGAGCUAGUAAGGCAUCUAUUGUCUGCUUGUGAUACUUUUAACUUUCAAGUGCUGCAGUGGUAACAUGUUUACUUUUUUUUUGUAAAUUGAUGAAUUAUUUUGUCAAAUUUGUGACUUCAUUGUAAAAUCAUAUGGAUCUCCUCUGUUCAUAACUAAGUUCUUUAUAUGAAUAUUCUAAACUGUUUUUGGAUGAAAUCACAGGAUAUGUGGUAUUUGGGGUGCAAAAAUAAUUAAAUCGUUUGUACUCAGGUUGUCGUAUUCACAUGGAUGUAUGACCCUGGCAAAAUUAUGGCCUUGUUAAUGAGGAGAUAAUUAACUGAGAGUUUUGUCAAUAUGUCACAUGUAUUUACAGAAAUCCAUUACACUUAUGUAUUGCAUUCUAUUUUUUAUUUGAUUUUUAAUAUGCUAUCAGUCAGGACAACAUGAUGGGUCUAACGUAUUUUUGCUUCAUUGAUGCAGAGAGAAAACAGUGGAAUUAUGUUUAACAUCUUGGUUUGCAAACAAGAUUUCCCAUUUUGGUGUGGAAUUAACGGGAGUUGGAGAAAACCAGUGAAGCUCAAACUCUCUGAAUUCUUCACUUUUUUUUCUAAUUCUUAUGAAGGGCUUUGAUAUUCUGCAUUUGGAACUCAGGAUCAAGGGUUUCCGAAGGACCAAUUCAAGGCAUUGCUCUGAACCAUGAACUCUAUAUCUCUACUCGGUUUUGACACAUCGUUCCGGAUCACCUGCAAUGCUUGUGCUCAUAUAGUCAGGGUCUUCAUAGUCUUCCCAGAGGUUAUCAUAAAUAGAAAAGCAAGGAAUCUGAUAAUGCACACAUAAUGAUGUCACAAACCCUUAUAGUGGAGAUUUUAAGAAGUUUGAAGGACACAUUCCUGGCCAUUUCAGCAUGAUCAAGCAGGGAAUUUGUUCUCAAGGGCAGUAUGAAGACAGUGGUUUUCAGUUUGCAUCUGUUAAGGCUGCUCAACAUAGACUAGAUCAUCAAUAGAUUGGAAGGCCGGAAUAUUGGAUGGUUGGAAUAGUCAACCGGCAAAUUGUACGACAGCGGAGCUAGUAAGGCGCUAUUUGACUGAUUGUGAGGCACUUUUAAGGACAUAUGUGAGGCUGUUAGAAUAGAGCCUUAUGGCCAUCCAUUCUGGAACUGGUUGUUGAUGCAUUAAUUGUUUGCUUAGCUUGCAGGCAAGAACGGGCGAGGAGCAAGAGGCCCAUUGCUACAUAUGUGGAAUUCGAAGGUGAUGUGCAGCUAGUGGUCGCGGUGCUCAAACAGGAGGAGGCUGAUGAUCCUUCUUCAGUGGGGCACGUUGUGAAAGAUGCCCGCUUUUUUAUGUGUUCUAUCCCCACACGAAGCUUUCUUAUUCUUGAAGGGAGGCAAACAAAGUGGCUCAUAGAUUGGCAAAAUUGGGAUUGACAUUAGAUCAUCAACAUAUUUGCUUUGGGAAACCUCCAAGUGUAAUUUCAGAUCUUAUUUUUUUAGGAUAGCACAACUGUGUAAUUUGAUUGGUGCGACCGUGCGAGAUGCUCUUUUUUCCUUCGACGGGUUGAAAUUAUUGGCAAGGUUUUUAUUGAGGCCCAUUGAUAUGCACCCUAUCCUCUGAUAUGUACACAUAGUUUUCAUACUAAUGAAUAUCGUACUUGUCCUUAAAAAACGUUUUGAUGUCUCUUCA